AAGAUACCGCCUUGGCAGUUUUUAUUCCAGAACUUGUGAGACUCAGCAGCUGCUCUGGAGAAAUGUCCCCUGUGUAACUCCAGCUCCUGUACCAUGUACCAGUCUGGGUUUGUGCCCCGGGAGUAUUACCCAGCCAUGAUCCCCCCCUCUGCCUACCUGCCGCUGCGAGCCGGGAGGGUGGAUGACACAGCCAGCCCCGUCAUGUUCCCUCCCAUCCACGUGCACAACCUCUACAGCCGCCCCAUCACCUUCGUGGUGGACAGGAACAGCUACCCUGACUAUGUGGGGAAUCAGGUGGAGUAUCAUCACGUCUACAGUGCCUCUAAUCCCUACUUGCAUCCGUACUACACCUGGCACUUUCCCCCUGUGGUCCCCAUUCCUCUGUACAAUCCCUAUGCAACCUAUAAUCCCUACACCACCUACCAAAGGCCAGAGCAGCAUCGAGACGCUUGGCCAGAAGGCUUCACGAUGAGGGGGGAGCUUCAAUGGGGGAAGCUCAGCAAGGUGUUUGGACCAAGGAAAGAGCUCCCAGAAUUUGUGAAGGAUGAUCUCCGAAGGGUUUAUGGCACCUACCCACAGACCAGCGUCUCCAUAACUUAUAGGAAUGGGGAGUUCUUGGUCAAAGGAGACCCCAAGGUAGGAGAGCAGGAAUACACAGUGGAAAAAAAAGUCAUCCAGCGGGCUUUGACGCCCAGUGCCAGCGAGGCAGAUGACAGCAGUGAGGACCGGAAUCGGAAGAAGAAGAAGAAAUUGAGACACUGAUGUCACCUCCUGGGUAGAUGCUC